UAAAUAAUCGCAAUAAUUGAGAAAAUCGUCCGUUUUUGGUGAAAACGCUUUACUAAAAACGUAAAAUUUGUAGCUUCGGAAUAUGAAAGAAAUUGUGGGCAAAUUUUUCUCUGAUAACUUCGUCAUCAACAUUUAUAUGGGAAUCAUUGUUAACCUUAUAGAAGCUUGGGAACCUCACCGUGCAGCUAAACCAGCCAUAAACAAUACUUUGGAAACAGCUAGUCUACGUAAACAUGCAAACUAUCACAAGAAUCAUCUAAAUAAAUUAUUACAGCAAACUACAGAUUUACUGAAAGAAGGAUAUCUUGAUGAAGAGGUGGUCUUAGAUUACACAUCAAAGUUAACUAAUAUUUUGAGAGAAUGUAAUGUUACUCUUCGAUGGUUAAUGCUGCAUACAUUUUCAAACCCUAAUGUGGAGACUCAUUGGACAACCUUUAAAAAGUGUAAACAAUCUCGAGAUGUGAUAAUAAGCGAAACUGGUCAUGAUCCAGUGAAAAUUUUUGAAUUGCUGAUGCAUACCUCACAAUUAGAAUUGAAAGUGAAAGAAAUUUAUAAACAAUUGCUCAAUGAAAAGCGUGAAAAAUGGGACAAAUAUCAAAGUGAAGCUGUCGAUAGGAUAUCGGAAUUAUCGGAAGUAUUUUCUGGUAGCAAGCCAUUGACCCGUAUUGAACCCAAUUCUAGUCUUCAAGAAUGGUUUGGACAACUUGCAAGUCAAAUAAAAGCUCUUGACGAAAUUCAAGAUUUCCAUCAAUUAGAAGGCAGUAUACAAGUCAAGCAACAGGGUAUUCAAAGAGAUCCAACUCUAGUCAUUAAACUUCGAGCUACUUUUCUCAAGCUUGCCUCUGCUUUGGAUUUGCCCUUACUUCGGAUAAAUCAAGCAUCGAGUCCUGAUUUGGUCCCCGUCUCACAAUAUUAUUCAACUGAAUUGGUUUCAUAUGUUAGAAAAGUUCUUCACAUCAUUCCCGACUCUUUAUUUCGCCUUAUGGCACGGAUAAUUGAAUUGCAAACAAAUCAAAUUCAAGAGCUUCCCACCCGAUUAAUGAAAGAUCAACUUCGAUCGUAUGCUUUUCUUGAAGAAAGAUAUGAAGUUGCUCAGUUAACUCAUUCCAUUUCUGUUUUUACCGAAGGAAUGCUCAUGAUGAAGACAACAUUAGUUGGUAUCAUUCAAAUCGAUCCCAAAAAGUUACUUGAAGAUGGUAUCCGUAAAGAGCUAGUAAUCCAAGUUGCCAAAGCAUUACACCAAGGAUUAGUUUUCAAUCAAAGAGUAAAACCAAGUGAACUUGUUCCCAAGUUAAGAAUUAUCUGUAACAUCAUGGAUGGUUUACGUCGCUCAUUUGAAUAUAUCCAAGAUUAUGUGUGUAUUUAUGGUCUAAAGAUAUGGCAAGAAGAAGUCUCGAGAAUUGUCAGUUACAACGUUGAACAAGAAUGUAAUGCUUUUAUGCGUCACAAAGUUCUUGAUUGGGAAAGUAUAUAUCAAUCGAAGACUAUCCCUGUGCCUAAAUUUCCUCCAUUGGAUCAAUUUUCAGUCAAUUUUAUCGGUCGAUAUCGGAAAAUUUUGAGAAUCACUGAUCCAAGAACCACCAUUUACGUGAACUCUUCAAGAACCUGGUAUGAUAAUGAAACACGGGCUGAAAUUGUUGAUCCCAAAUUAUUUAAACUAAUUUUACAAAGCACGGGAACAGCUGGAAUCAAUGGCCUUUAUCGAUUACUUUCAUUUAUGAUUGUCAGUGAACUGGGGGAAAUUGAAUAAUUAAUCGAGAAACAAUUGCUGAAUGAAAAGUGGUGGCACGAUACCAAAGAGUAUAACUAUUACUCUUUGCACAAUACUGUGAUAAAUGUUGGAACCUUUUUAUCUAAAAAUGAUUGCGAUAUGCCAUCAAAUCAAGCUCAAUAUCAAUAAAGAUCAAGAUCAAUAAAUUGCAAUCACCAAUAACUUCUAGGAAUCCAAGAACUCUGCCAAUCAUUACUGAAUCAAUAAUGAAGAUUAGACAAAUGCAACUAAUCAAAAAUAACAUAUCUUUUGAACUUAAGGAUAGCUGCAAUUAUCAAGCAAGGAAUUUAAGAUCCGCUUAUGAAACUCUCGCUUUACUCUCGCUAAAAACAUACAAGAUUUUCGCCUGUAAGCCAAAUAGAAGUGAGUUGGAAAAUUUACUUGGAAUAAUGAAAGAUGACCUGAAUCUGUGAGUAAAGAAGAUGCUGAAAAGAUA